AUGGCCCUCUCGACCCCGGAACACAUACUCAAUACCCGUCCAAGCCAACAUAGGGAUAAUACCCCCAAGGCUUUGACAUCAUCACAGAAGGGCGAUAUUGUGACGGAUCGAUCUUCUUACAACAGCCGGCAAUAUGAGCAGCGAGCGAGUGGCACCGGCAUGAUGCCAAAUUCUACACCUUCUACCAACAUGUACCGCCCUACAAGGCCACCAAGUCUGGAUGUACAAUUUUCACGCCAACAAAAGAGAUUAUCACUACUGGGAAGGCCAUCGCCUGCGUAUAGUGAGGCUACCAGUGCCAGAAGUAGUCUGGUGAGCCCAACUCAGCGAAAUCCUCCAGCGCGGAGUUCAUCGUCCAGUCGACUCCUUCCCGGACUCGGUCUUCCCGAUCAUCCACGGCAACGGUAUACUUACCUCUCCUCCGACGGCUUACGGACUUCGACCAUAUCUGAGGAUGCCCCCAGCGAGGGUGAGCUAGCCUCUGAAAUAUCCGCCGCCAUUCUGAAGCAAACUGAGGAAAAUGCCGCGGCGGAACAACCAUCGACGACGCUUAAGAUCUGGGGCGCGGUAGCCAGAUGCCUGGAGGAAAUCACCGUUUCUCUUGGGCCACCAAACCCAAGUGCACCAGUGGUAUCUGCACCACCAAGCAUAGCAGGCGCUCCACAGCUAAGAGCCACACCAUCCAUAAGGAGAAUGUCGAACUCGGUACAAUCGGUGGGAUCGAGAAGGACUUUUUACGAUGUUGGAGCGCGGAAUGAUCUUGCAUCUCGGCAUCGGAGAGUGAUGAGCAGUAGUUCCAUCCGAAGCGGCCGACAGGAUCGCGAUUCGGAAACGACAUAUGGGAUGGAUGAACAGGGGGCGGAGGAAUACUCCUGCCCAUUCCGGGUGCGCAAUCCGGUUCGCUUCAACAUCCGCGAUCACGAAGUUUGCGCCAUGACUUCUUUCGAGUCACUGGCCGACUUGCGACACCACGUUAUGUCCUAUCAUCGAAGGCGCGCGAUGCCCCAUCAAUGUCAGCGGUGCAAAGUCGGAUUCCCUACACAAAUUGCUUUGGAUCAUCACUUGAUGCUCCCAAAGGAUGAAAUGUGCGACACAGUUCCGGCGGGAACCCUAAGCAAUCCUGAGGAUGGGAUAUCGGAGGAUGUGGACAGGACGAUGGCUUCUGGCAAUGGGAUCCGAACUUGGGAUGAUCUGUGGCGUCUGAUCUUUCCUAUGGAUGAUCAGGUUCCUAGUUCUGACUUUCAUCCCGUAAUCGAACUAGCCGAAGUCGAGCAGCAUUUCGACGAAGGUCAAGAAGCGCUGAAAACGCACUUGCAAGAGACGCUUCGGCUUUUCAUUCCGGAGGCCAUCGACGAUGCGUACCGUAACUUCUUGACUGGCCAACUUGAACUGGUCUUCGAAGCACAUAAGGCGAACACCAUUAGAAAAUGCCUUCACCGCAUUCACGGCAGCACCAACGACGCCACCAGCGGAGAAGGUACCUCAUCUGAGGACAAGAGGCGACGGUCCUCAAGCGGUGCUGGCAACGUAAACCUAGCGCGCCGCUCAACGCGCAGAAACCGUCAAAGCGCCAUCUUCCAGACUUCCCGCGCCCAAGACAGACAGUCAUCAACGUCAGAUGGGCUGUUCUCCCCUUCCUUGAUCCCACCGUGGCAGUCAAGACGAGGAAGCAACACCCCCAGUAACAUCAGCAACAACAAUACUAACAAACUAACAUCACGACGAAUGUCAGAUACCACCCGCAGCCGACCAAGCCUCACGGGAGGCAAUCCACCAACCAGCCCCAGACGUCUCUCCCCACACCCAACACCUACCCUUUCCGUCUCAGCAACCGUAGCAACCAACGAGUCCGACGACGGAACUCUCAAAUCACCCACCACGCCCGCUUCUGCGUCCGGUUCAGCGCCUUUUAUUGGCAUCGUAUCCUCAGAAAUCGGUACCGAACCGUCACGCGGCUGCACCUGCGCCUCCCCCUCCACAUGCCGCUGCAACGAGCUCCUAGCUUUCGGCAUCCACCACCAAGCCCAGCACUUCCACGGGCAUCCUCCCGCCCGCCCUAAGACGGCACCAAUCCCCAGCCGCAAACAGAUGGAAGAACUCUCUGUUCCUAAGCAUCGGUUGCGCCACCAGCCUGCUCUGCAAGUCAGGACCACAGGGAUCGAUCUAAACGGAGGGUUGGAGGCACGUAAGGCUUGGACGGGUGUUGAUAUGCCGGUGCGGAUGUACGAUGAAGAUGGCAGUGACGAUGACGAGGAUCUGAACAAUGUGUUCUUGAGACCGAAGACGGGUGGGAGUCUUGAUUCGGCUUUUCGAGGAAGGGGGGCGAUGUCAGCUUCUGCACGGGAUGUGAGGGAGUCAUACUCGCCGCAGAGCUUUAAGGAGAGGUUGUUGAGUAGGGGGAGUACAUCUAGGGGGUUGAAGCAAUUGGAGGUGGAGGGUGGUGUUGGUGCUGGCGAAGAGCCUCGGGGACGGAGUUCUGAGGGAACGUCAAGUCAGAGGGGAAGUUGGAUGGGUUGA